AGCGCGUCUUUGGAAAAUGGUGGGCGCUUUGACAGACAAACAGCUUGUACAUCAAGUUUAUGCUUCAUUGCAGGCUGCAUCAUGUCCUUUGGUGGAGGGUUUGUAUCUUCAGGAAACAGACAGUAUGUUACAGUUGCUUUGUGCUCCAUCAAAGCUCCGCACCGACAUACUGGCAUGGAUCUGCAGCAGCAUCAACCCAAACUUUGCUGAUUCCAAGGCAAUGUCAGUGAGAUCCAACGACCCAGAUGUUAUGACUAAAGAAAUGGCUAUGUUUGGGCAGGAGCUGAUGCUGUGCAGAGCAGGUGACCUGGACCUGAUCAGGGGUGAUGCGAGUCCUCGCCGGCAGCUUCAGUUCCUGGAGCAGCUUCUAACUCUCGUUCCAGGAUGCCAGAAGUCUGCUGGGAACAGAACCGAUGGAGAGGUGCUCCUGAAUGAGCUCUUCUCUGCUAAGAAUCUGCCUCAGCUCACACAGAUGCUUGAACCCACAUUUGACCCUUGGCCUGCCCACAUCAAGGCUUUAAGCAAGGGCAGUAAGUCAUCCGUUAAGCCAAGCGGAAAGAAGGCUGUUGAUGUUGCCGCCCUUCUACAGUUGACUCAGUCAGAACUGGAGAAGCUACAGUCAGAGUGUGACUUUCUGAACGGUGAGGCUCAGAGUCCUGCCGUCUUCUCUCCAAACUCACUGCGUGUGGCGGCGGGCGACCUGCAGCAGCUGAUGUCCACCUUCAGUCACGUUUACGAGACGGACCUGAGAGCUUAUUGCAGCAGAGACGUCCCCACCUUCAGCACAGAGACAGACGUCUUCCAGAGAGUACACCAGUUACUGCUGGCCUGCAACACGGAGUUGGAAAUGCUAAAAGAAGUCUCAGAAGUUUCUGCAUCUGUGAAUAAGGAAGUAAAUCAGCUUCAGACGCAGCCUCGCUACUGGAGACAUGGAGAGAAGCGCACGUUACCUGAUCAAUUGGAGGAAAUUACCAAGCGAAUCGGAGACUUUCUCUCCCAGCUUCAUUCCUGAUGGCGUCACUAACAUCAUCACGGUGCACAGACACCAAAACGGCAGAAAUAAUGAGGAGAGUCUGAGCUGUGGUGUGUUAGAGCUUUUCAAGUGUCAAACAGCCCUGUGAUCAAAAAUUGAGUGUGUUCUAACAGCCGUUGCUCAGGUAUUACAGCAGAACUUCACACAUCCUGUCACAGAGAGAACUAAACUCUUUAAUGGAGUCCUACACUCCCUGUUCAAGGGCUGCAAGAUAUUUAGUUUCAGCGACGAUGAGAUGUGGCAAAUUAACGCAUCAUGCUACAACUUUUUCUGUUGCUUUCCAUAAAUAAUGAGUGUGUUGCAAACUCCACAUAUGCAUGGCGAAUCGAGCGAAAAACGGGGGAAUCAAAAUUAGAUAAACAGAAUCGGCUGUGAUUUUGAUGUUUACGCUGCUCUCUGUGCAUUGACAGCCCAUGUAGCAAAAUAAUUUGGGUUCAACUUUAAUAAAUCUGACAUUAGAACAUCUUAUUUGACUCUUUUCAGACUAAUUUUUGGUCACACAUCUGUCUGAGCUGCUGUGCUGAUGAAAAUAUUGUUUUAUAUCAUUGUGCAGCCCGACCACAUUUGUUAUUUAACUUGACUAUGACGAAGUUGUUUAGCAGGUUCGUGUCAUCAUUCACACCAAUAUACUAACAAAUACAACACGAGUUGUGACUGUACAGUUUGAAUUUGUUUUAGUAGCUUGUGCCAUAACCUGCAGUGCUCAGUAGGAACGUUGAUAUUGUAUAUUUAAUAUUGAAUAAAUGUAAAUGUUUACCUGCA